AUGAGGCAUGCUUCAGCCGUGGCAUCUGCCCCCCAGGCAUGCGAGAGCGAGGAGAGGGUGGGGACUGGUGACGGGGCCAGGAUCAAACGAGCCGGGGUGCCACCCGAACACCUUCCUUUCGGCGAUGGGCCAAAGUUUGUCUGUGGCCCUGCUGUCCUGGGCAAUCGGAAGGACUGCCUGGUGUAUAGCGUCGGCAGCGGCGGCGACUGGGGCUUCGAGCAGGGACUCAAAGCGGCGGCGCCCAACUGUGAGAUGCACACCUUCGACCCUGCGCCGGACGAGAUCCAGCCGUACGGCGGCGGCGCGUACUCGAAGAUACAUGCGCUCGCCUUGCGCGGCGGGGAGUCGACGUCGGAAAACGCACUCACCCUGGGCCAGAUCCAGGCGAAACUCGGUCAUACGGGGAGGCACAUUGAUCUGCUCAAGGUGGACUGCGAGGGGUGCGAAUGGGAUGCGUUGACGCGCGUCUUUGGCGACUUGCGCGCCGGCAACCUCACGGUGGGCCAGAUUCAGGUGGAGCUGCACGCGCCAGUGUCAAUCACGAAGUCUGAAGAGCGCGGGGACCGCGCCGAGCGGAAGCGGAUCCGCGGCUUCCCCAACCAGUUGCGCGAGUUCUUUGACACUGCAAACGCGGCGGGCUUCUACAUCUUCCACAAGGAGCGGAACGGCUGGGGCGUGUGCGACGGCUACCUCUGCGUCGAGUACGCCUUGGUACACGUGUCCCACGCCUGCCACGCCUUUGUCGAGAGCCACUGCCCGUCUCUGCCGCCCGAAGCGCUGCCGUGUCCGGCGCCAUCGUUCCGCGCAUCGUCGUAG